GACACUAGAAUAUAUGAGUGAAGACCGGCGGCACAAAGAGGAAGCAGAUGGCAAAAGAGAUCGACAGCGAAGCAAGCCUCUAGUCGGAGUUGCUGUCAGAUUCGUCGCAUUUACACAUGUAGGUAAUUAAGGAUAUCACCAUCUGUUUCUUUAUCCCGUGCGAUGCCCCGGUGAUUUUUGGUUGAAGGUAUAAAUGAUCACUGAGCAGAAAUAGGUAUCCUUGCAUCUUGCACAUAAAGUAAGAGGUUGACUCGACACUGUAGUGCCACGCCUGCGACAUCACGACCGCACACCCAACAAGACCCGAACACAUGGCAUACUCGCAAAACUCUCGACGGCCUUGGCCAAUUGCAGAACCCACUCAAUUAGCGCUGGACUUAGCCCAACACGGGGAACAAAAACACUUACUGUAGAUGAUAAGUCCUCGCUCAUACCUUGCUAUGGGCUUUCUGUGGAAUGUCAUUAUUAGUGAGGGUCACAGUUCAGCAGUGAUUAUGG